AUGACCUCCAAGCAUGUCGUCUUCGACGUAGUCGGCACCUGCGUCUCAUUCGAUGCCUAUUUCGACGCCAUCGAUCGCGUCCUGGGAGACCGUCUGCGCGCGCACUCCAUCACGCCCCAGUUCUUCGGAUACAGCUGGAUGACAGCGGCCGAGCUGGAGUUUACCUUCCUGUCAAUAUCCGAGCGAUACCGACCAUACAAACAAAUUCUCGAGGCAGUGUUCUACAGAACACUAUGGAUGGCCGGGAUCCAGAACCCGCGAGAACUGGCCACAGACGAAGAACGCGACCAGUGUAUCCAAGGGUACUGGAGUCUGGGGCUUCGGCCUGGAAUUAAAGAAUGCUUUUCCCGACUACGCGAAGGCGGAUUUACGAUCUGGUGCCUGACGACAGGCGACACGGCGCGAGUGCGCGGGUACUUCGAGCAAGGAGGUGUGGAUAUGCCGCUGGAGAAUGUGAUCAGCUGCGACAGCAAGGGCCUGGCGAAACCGGCCCUGGCAGCGUACAGGCCUGUACUGGAGCAGUUUGCAGCGACUGAUGUGAAGUGGUUUGCUGCGGCGCAUAUGUGGGAUGUGUCUGCUGCUGUGAAGGUGGGAUUCAGGGGCGCUUACUGCACGGUCUACGAGCAGGAGCCUUGCCUGGAGAUUUUUGAUACGGAGAUGGAUGUUAUUGCGCCUGGGUUGGUAGAGAUGGCAGACAUGAUUGUCAAUGCUUCCUAG